CGGCAGUGGAGCGAAGGGGGGGAGGAAGGCCGGGCCGAUUAACGCUGGGGAUGGUUUCCCCCUUUCCAAAUGCCUCCCCCUCUUCUCGCCCUCCUGCAAGGGGGCCCCGGCAGCGAAUACCACGAGACCCGCCCAUUCCUCUUCAGAGGCUUUCGGCCCUUUGCUUUCGCUUUUGGAACCAGACAAGCCGCCGCGGCCCCGCCGAGCCAUGUUGAGGACGCCGCAAGGAAAGGCGCCGGGCCUGAGUCCCCGCAAAAGCGGCACCGACUGAGCCUGAGAGGAAAGCGGGAGCUGUGCCGCUGGCAGAAAGAACACCAGCACUUGACUUCCAGUAGGAUGCGGUUUUAAAAUAUGAUGACACUUUUCAUGGGACCAUUGAAUUUCUACAAACUUGCAUACACCAGUGUUAUGAUGAUGUGUACUUUGUGCAGCUUAGUUGAACUGUCGAACUCAGAAUUCAGAUCAGAAGUGAAACGACAAGAUUUUGAAUAUUUUUUAACAUGGGAAGCUGGAAAUAACACAGAGGCAUCAGCCUGCUACACUGUGCUCUAUACAACGAACAGUUUACGUUGCCCCAUUGAAACAGAAUCAGACUCAUCAGAAAGACACAAGGUUCAAAACGCAUCUUUCUCCAAGUCCAGGUCUCAGCAAAGUGAGAAUCCAAUUCAUCAAGUUUCAGAACCAGGAGAUCCAUCUGUCUGUCCAUGGUCAAAAACAGCCAAAGACAGCUUGCCUUCAAAAUGGAAAGCUAUUGCAGAAUGUUCCAAUAUUUCAAGAUUGUUCUGUGACCUAACAAAAGAAUUUACAGAUCCUUGCAAGAACUACAAAAUUUUGGUGGUGCAGGUCACAGAAAGUGGAAUAUAUCGUUCAUUGCAAAUAUUCAACCCGUAUCUAAACACGUGCCUUGGCCUCCCUCAGUUUAAUAUUUCAGCUUGUCCAAACUGCGUAAAUGUGACAGUGAAACUUUCAUCGUCCUCAUUAGUAAAAGUAUAUGAAGAACUUGAUUAUACAGUCACAGUGGCAGCGGAAGGUUUCCCAAACAAGUACAGUCAUAAUAAAACCAGAGAAGAAAGUUUCCACACAGUUAUUAAUAAUUUACAUCCAAACAGAAAUCAUUGCAUUACUGUGGACAUAUCUACAACUGUAAAUAAUAAACAGUGCACACCAUCUUCCCCAAAGUGUAUUAUCAUCAAGCCCAAGAAUCAAUCAGAUGUUAUUCUGCCUGCAGCCUCAGCUGGUAUAGGCAUGUCAUUGAUACUGGUAUCAAUUUUGCUCAUCCUCUACAACACUGGUUUUAUUUGCUUAAGAAAGAAAUGGCCAAAAGUCUUGAAACUCAUGCCUAUAUUGCAUUAUUCAAUCUUCGAAUCAGAUCCUGAAGAAACGCACAACAUCCAGGUCACCCAGGAAAAUAAAAAAAAAGUACGGGGAUAUUAUGAUGAUGAAGAGGAGGAUAGUGGAAGUGAUGUUGAAAAUGCAUAUAUCAUUCGUCGUACUGACAAGAUUUCAAAAUCCUUGUCUGUGGUGGACACUAUGGAGCAGUUGUCUACAGACCACUCAUCUGCUACAAGUAAUACAGCUGGACUUCUAGCUGCUGAGCCAGAAGUCCUUCAGAAUGAAAUUGACAAAGGUGAAACUGUCCCAAACAAAUUAUUUAAUCCAUCUGAAAUGAACUCAACUGAAGAACCUGAGUCGUGCCACAGCAAUGUGAAUUUAAAUAGUGUGAAGCUAGGAAUAACUGACAAAAAUUGGGAUGUUACUGCAGUACUAUCUGACCAAGAGGAUCCAGCCGACUUGAAAGAGUUGUGUAUUUCACAUGGCUCUGAAUCAACCCUUUUCACUGAUCUAUCAAAUGUGCAGACUGCCAGUGCUCAUAAUAUCUCCCUUGACUGGCAAAAGUCUGAUGAGUCUGGAGAAAGUGAGUCAUCCGAUUCAGAAACAGACAAUGUAGGUGAUUACAUGAGAAGAUGAAAUCUGCAAACUGAUGCCUUACCAUUUUGUAACACUCUGGUCAUUAUGUUAUCUUAUUCCCUUGUGAAAGAACGGGGGAGUACAUGUUUUCAAAUGCAGUUAGUGCUAUUCAUCUAUGGAUGCGAAUCUAGCACUGUUUUAAAUGGUCAUAGUAUCAGCAUAUGGCUGGAGGUUCCAGUCUUUCAAAGAGUCAAGGACUAGUCAUCUUCAAGGACAAAAAUAAUCCCAGCUCUUGAAAUAAAAUUAAUUGAAGGAGACAGGUCACAAACUGUUUUUAGAUCCUGCCCUGUUGCCAAAGGGUAGCUUUUAAACCUAUCUUGAGAUUGGAACUCUCUUUUACUGUGAUAUAGUUGAUAUUCUGUGCCACUGGUUUAUCAGCUAUUGCUCAAUAGACUUAAGAAUGGGACUAAUUUUUCAAGACUCUUGAUUCACUUCUGAAUGGAUCUCCUCUUUUUUUGCCAGUCAUAACCAGAGACUUUUCAGACUCAAAUGGUGCAUUGUUUUUGUCUAUAUCUCAGUUUAUAUGGGAUACUGGAGAGUUUAGUGGCAUCACUUACAAAACAUACAAAGCUUCUAGUGUGACACAGUGCUCCUACUUUACUACUCCCAUUUCAUAGUUAUGUGUAUUUUAAUUCAAUCAGGAUUAAUCAAGCCACUGCCUAGCGUUGUAUCACCAUCACUUUGCAUAGCUUUUUCUGUAUCUUUAUGUCAGAGUGAGGAAACCUCAGCUCUUGAGCUACUGAUAAUUUAUGCUUUCACCCAGUGGUAUAGUGGUAAAUUUCGAAGGAGAGGUGCUUGUUCAUCAUGACAUCUCCAUAGCCAGUCUCCCUGCAAAGAGUCCAAAAAUCGGUCAGUUGAGUUAAUUUGUAUCAAAAUACUGUACAAGUUUCAGCAAUGUUUGUUCUACUAGAAGCAGCUCUUUUGCAAAAGCUAAUGGCUCUUAAUUGUGCAUUCAAGACCAAACCACUCUCAAAAACUUUGCAAUGCAAGAGGAAUAGCUUGUAACAAUAUACUAAGAAAAUCCAUUUCUUCUUCCAUUACUGUGAGAAUUGCUGCUAAAUGUAGAGGGAACAGGAAAACUUGAGUUGGGUGGCAGAUUGUCAUAGCCCCUCCCACUCAGAAAGUCCCAGGAUUUCAACCCUGCAAGGCCUAGUUUUACUAUACCACUGCUCCCAUCAUCCUUCACUGUUGUCCAGAUUAGCUAGGGAAUUGGAAUUCAACAGCAACUGAAGGGCCAUUGAUUCCCCAGUUGUUUCAGACUGGUAAGGUGAAAAGGAGAAGAGGUGGAAAAUAAACUGGAUGAGUCUAAGCUAUUUCCUUCUCAACUUAAACUAACAUUUUUCCAGUGUCUUGUUCCAGACAAUCUCUGCUUGAGCUGCAGAAAUGUUAUACCACUUAUUUUAAGGUGCAUAUUCUAGUAUUCAUAUAAUCAGGACAAGACUUUGUGUUCUGUGAGGCCAUCUUACUUCACGCAGAAGUAAAGACUGCCAAUAAACAUACAGGAGACAUGCUGUUAUUAAGUCAAAAGCAUUCUGCACUUAUUUUGUGUGAGCUGUGUUCUUUAUCACAGUUGUCAAGGCUUGGCCAUUGGCAUGUAAUGGGCUGUUAUAUGUUGACAUUGUUUUAAAAAGCCAUUUUAACAUGUAAAUCCUAAGAACUGAACCUUGACAUUAGUUGUUUGCUUUCAGAAAUCAGAAAUAAUGGGGGAAGGGGAAACUUCAGGAAGGGGUUAUUUAAAGCCACAACUAACUUUUUCUUCAUUCUUCUUGUUUGGGUACCACAUUGCUCUUUUAAGGAGCCAGAUAAUUCCUUAAAAAUAAAGCAGAGGGACUCUGUUAUUUGCAGAUAAUAUGGAGUUAUUUCCUAAGAGUACAAUUUGAAAUGACUCUAUUUUUGGAAAAAAAAUACACCAUGACUACAUUUUUAUACCAAUGUUAAUUUUACAAACUAUGUUAACAGUUGAUUGUGAAGUUCUGUUGAUUCAGCAGUUUCCAGAGCAAGGCCCAAAAUGUUGCAUCUACAGCUGCAUAUACAUUCCCAAAUUUGUAUUCAUGUACCUGUGAGAACAUUUUUAAGUGCUAUGAUAGUCUCGAGAGAGAUCUAGACUCUUGCUGGCUCCUUUAGUCUUCUGGCUGUACUGUGAAUUGCAUCCCCCACCUUGAGAAACUAAUAGUAAUUGAUGCUGGACUCACAUUAAGUUGCAAAGAGUAGCAAAGGAACUCUUUCCGCACCUCCUUCUGAUUUGUUAAAGGCAAAGCUUGGAAACAUUGCUUUUAAAGAUAAAAACUCCCAGAAUCCUCAAGAUGGCAGACCAAUCAAUAUAUUGCGUAGGGGUUCUGAGAAUUGCGGUCCAAAAAAGUAACUUUUCUGUUCCGUGAAUUAAAGAAUAUCUUAAAUCUCUUGCUAUAGGUGCAGUUACUAAUUAGAGCUCUGCUGGAUAGCUCAGUGAUUUAGUUAUCUGUUUGGGAGCUUGAUUCCCCACUGUGCCUCCUAGCGGUAGAGCAAC